AUGAACACAGAACUCCAGUCCUCUCUCGGGGAGGCCACACUCCCCGAAUACACCGUACAGAACCUCUUGACGGGCCAGCUAGACACCGAAAAGCUAUCCCAGCAGAUUGAGGCGUUGAAAAAUGAAAUCACAACUAUCAGAUACGAAAUGACGUUGUUUACGCGGAAGUUUGCCAACUUCUCAGCGGACACGACUCCUCAGAGGUUGUACGACGACGUCAGCCAGCAACUAGCACGUUUAGCUGAGAAGCUACAGAACUACACAGCUGCAUACACGAAAUUGGUGUCUUUGCUUCAGUAUUCUCAUGACCGGUUGAGCCGUGAGGGAAACGAUGCGGGGGCCCCAGCAUUGACACCGCACACGUUGGACGUUUUGAAAGGCGAGUCCUCAUCGGCUCCGCCCGCCAAACCCCAGCCCAAAUCACUGGGCAACAGUGCUGCCAAGCCCAUAAGCAAUAAGACGGUCUACGAUUGA